ACAGUUUCGCUGUCUGUACUACUUGGUUUUAUCAAAACUUGAGCUAAAUCGUAUGCUGAGCUUUACAUAGUUCUAUGAUUAGGCCUAUAUAAUCACAUACGUUCAGAUAGUCUGUGCAUCGAACAAAUAAAUGAAAUUUGCUUUGCUGAAAAUGAAUAAAGGAAAUGAGAAGAGAUUUCAGUCCUUGAUUGAGAAUUACAGAUCCAGUCGUUUUGAAGACGAGAUUUGUCUUAAUCCACUAACUGAUCUUCAGAAGUACUACGAUGAUUGUGAAAAGGAUCCAGGACACAGAAGCUUCAAGUCAUGUGAAGAUUUUCGUCUAAAUGAUAUCCCUGUGAAGUACCGAUCUGUGGAGUUGUUAAACUUGAUAAGAACUCUGUUUAUUCUAACAGUAAAGGUCAUGGUAACGAGUAUAAGUCCUGACAGACCAAGGGAACAAAGCUUGCAUGAAAUAUAUGAAGCUUCAUGUGGCGUACCUCCGGUAAGAUUCGGAAGUGGAAAAAUUAGUAAAAUAAAAGAGAUAAUAGGGCGAGGCAAAAACACUUGCCCUUGUAAAGAAUGCUUGAAAUCAGUUUCACCAAAGAAGAAAUGGUACCACAUUGAAGUCAUUACUGCCAAACACGUUGUCAACGACGCUUUGGAAGCUAUGAACACCACUUGUACUUUCGGAUACAUCAGCUAUGCCUGUAAAGGCCAAAGCUUUUCAUGUGUCGGAGCAAGAGUGUCCCCGAACUCAGACUGGUGCAAAUUGACUUGUGUUACCCACGAUGAAGAACUAGCAGCGAAAAUUAAAGACAAGAUCUGUUUGUACGACGAAAUGUCUGAGAACUUGUAUGUCUCUUACAGAACAUCUAAAAAGAAUCCCAAACUAGCGAUCAUUAUCUCCCAUCCCCAUGGGUGCUACAAGCAGAUAUCUAUCGGGUACUGGCGCAAGCGUGCUCAGGCUGGAGGUCUUGAUACUAAAUAUACGUACACUACGUCAACCUGCAACGGAAGCAGUGGCGCCCCCGUUUAUAUAUUAGGGAGGGACGGGCGGCUAGGUUUAUGUACGCAUAUACAUUCAGGUUGGGAUCCAGAGAGUCCUUUAAAAGAUAAUUUUAGCUGCUGCGUAUUUGACUCUAUCCAGUAGUUUGAAAUAAGUAAAUACGCCUGACGCAAGGAUGCAGCACCACAAAAGAAAUAUUUUACACAUUUCAUUUUGUAAAAGUACUUUGUUUUUUUUAAGCAAUUUAUUUUUGUUUAAACCUCACUGAAAAACUUAAGAUGACGUCUAAUUUUAUGUUUUUUUUUUAAAUUGGAUUAAUAAUAAAUCUUUUUUAUUUUUUUUAAAUAAUUUAAACAUUAAAAAAAUAAAACACAUUAAAACAGACCUUUUGUGGUGCUGCAUCCAAAAAAAAAACAACAACUCCCUCAAAUAAUCUGAUGUGAAGAUUACACAGUAUCUAGCUAGAUAAUUGCGUUUAGCAACAAACGCUUUGCUGUUUUUGUUUAUUUUUCUUAGCGAUGCGUUGAUACAUUGUUUUUUUCUUUUUUUUUUUCUUUUUUUUUCAAUGUUUUCAGUUUUUACACACCCCGGUCUACAUCAACGGGCAUCGUAAUAGAGCCGGAACCGAGCAAAAUAUGUCCGAUUCCCACUGAGCUUUGGUUCUUUGGUCUGACCUUUGGUCGUUUAGGUCAGGGGCGGCGCAUCUGCUACUAGACUCCUCUGGCUUUAUCUGAUUCGACCGAGGAUUUCAACCACUUGUCAUAAACCCACUCUCGUAUGGCAGUCGUAGCCCGUUGAAACGUACUUGUGGACACGAAUGCGAUCACAACCAGAGCUCCUUCUUAUGCAAGAGCAGAGCUCCUUCUUAUGCUAGAGCAGAGCUCCUUAUGCAAGAGCAGAGCUUUAUCUUAUGCAAGAGCAGAGCUUUAUCUUAUUCAAGAGCAGAGCUCCUUCUUAAGCAAGAGCAGAGCUCAUUCCUGUGCAAGAGCAGAGCUUUUUCUUAUGCAAGAGCAGAGCUCCUUCUUAUGCAAGAGCAGAGCUUUUUCUUAUGCAAGAGCAGAGCUCCUUCUUAAGCAAGAGCAGAGCUCCUUCUUAUGCAAGAGCAGAGCUCCUUCUUAUGCAAGAGCAGAGCUUUAUCUUAUGCAAGAGCAGAGCCUUCUUAUGCAAGAGCAGAGCUCCUUCUUAAGCAAGAGCAGAGCUUUAUCUUAUGCAAGAGCAGAGCCUUCUUACGCAAGAGCAGAGCCUUCUUAUGCAAGAGCAGAGCUCCUUCUUAAGCAAGAGCAGUGCUCCUUCUUAAGCAAGAGCAGAGCUUUAUCUUAUGCAAGAGCAGAGCCUUCUUAUGCAAGAGCAGAGCUCCUUCUUAUGCAAGAGCAGAGCUCCUUAUGCAAGAGCAGAGCUUUAUCUUAUGCAAGAGCAGAGCUUUAUCUUAUUCAAGAGCAGAGCUCCUUCUUAAGCAAGAGCAGAGCUCAUUCCUGUGCAAGAGCAGAGCUUUUUCUUAUGCAAGAGCAGAGCUCCUUCUUAUGCAAGAGCAGAGCUUUUUCUUAUGCAAGAGCAGAGCUCCUUCUUAAGCAAGAGCAGAGCUCCUUCUUAUGCAAGAGCAGAGCUCCUUCUUAUGCAAGAGCAGAGCUUUAUCUUAUGCAAGAGCAGAGCCUUCUUAUGCAAGAGCAGAGCUCCUUCUUAAGCAAGAGCAGAGCUUUAUCUUAUGCAAGAGCAGAGCCUUCUUACGCAAGAGCAGAGCCUUCUUAUGCAAGAGCAGAGCUCCUUCUUAAGCAAGAGCAGUGCUCCUUCUUAAGCAAGAGCAGAGCUUUAUCUUAUGCAAGAGCAGAGCCUUCUUAUGCAAGAGCAGUGCUCCUUCUUAAGCAAGAGCAGAGCUUUAUCUUAUGCAAGAGCAGAGCCUUCUUAUGCAAGACCAUCAAAGGCAUCAUUGCCAUGACGCUGUAGAGCAAGUGGGUGCACUGCAUGUACCUCGUAAAUUGGCGGAUGUUAGUUGCAGCGCCGAGAUCAUCUUCAACCAAAGAGACUUUUCUCUAAAACGACUCUUAGCUUGUAGGCAGAACUGGGAAUCGCUAACUAUUACAACAGAUGUUGCAAUGGUGCAUAGUUUUUCGGAUUUUCCCCGUAACUUGUUCUAGUGUUUCCAGUAUCGCGUUUAGCUGCAUGCAGGGAUGCCGCAUAUGUCCGAUAACCGAUCGGAACCAAGAUCUGGGUAGCUGAUGUAGGCCCCAUACCCAGCUCUCAUUGGGGGUUCUUCAGAACUGACCCGUCCUUGUAAAGGUAAUUGACAUCCGGUGGGUGGGCGUACAACGAUACAUCUUGGGAUGGGGGUGUAACUUAGUGACCUUAAACUAGAUGCCCCUUCCAACAUAUGUCCGCAAAAGAGAUUGGACUAUAGAGCACUGAGUAUUCUAUAAAAGACGCGCCGUACUAAAGGCAAAUCCUCAUUAUGUUAGAGCAACUUCAGAUAGAAUAAAGAAAUAUAUUUUAGGACUUUAAUUUUAUUUACCCACUAUUUUUAUUAAAAAAAACAACCAAAAAAAAAUUCAUUCUUAAAACUCUUCUCUUCUAUUACGGUUGAACUCAACUUCUGAUAUUUAUUUUUCUAUUACCAUCGCUCGAUUAAGCCGUACAAAAAUAAAAGCAACAUCAAGAUAUUAGAAACAUUUGUUAGACAGAAUGUACACAUGCUACAUUUGAAGAUUUAUUCUCCAUUUAUUGUUCUUCUUCCUCGUUCUCAUGUUUAUGUUGGAGCGUACAGUUGACAAGACCAUCACAUGACAUGCACUGGCAGUGGUUUCCAAAUCAGGGAGCUCUCCAUCUAGUUUUCUUUCUAUUGGGGUGUUUUGGGGCCAGUAUCUUAUUCGGGCCUCUUGGUAAAGAAUGCAGUUUUGAAGGAUAUGGUCGGCAUUCUCCGGUGACACUCCACAUGGGCAGAUUUCACUGGUUCCAAUUUUGAGCUUCCUGUUUAUCCUCCUUUGAAUUAUCUUAAGUUUCAUAUACUUUAAUUAGUUGUUACAAAUAGUUUUUCUACAUAGGUGGGGCCCAAAUAAAGCUUAAACUUGCGUGUCCGCAUAUCGUAGGGCUGGACAUCAUUGUUCUAAUGUAUUAAUCCUGUAAUGCUGAAAUCGUGCCGCUAUUAGCCUUGAUAUAGAGUGGGAGUUUUUCUUUUUUUUUUCAUGUGUUUUGAUUACUUAACAAGAGGGCUUGAGUUCAAAGUCCAUGGAGAUCAGGAAUUUUUAAUUUGAGAUUUGACUCCAGCUUUGCUUGCUUAGCGGCUAAAGGUAGCACUUGUAACUCUAUAACUCUCUUUUAAUACUCAGUCGUUGGUUUUUAGCUCCAAACAGUUAAUACAAUUAAAACAAUGUAUACAACUUCCUAAUUCAAAAAUGUCUGGCCGGCCUUAGGCAUAGGCAAACUAGGCACCUGCCUAGGGCCUUCUAUUGGUGGACUCAAAGGAAUUUUGUUUUUUCAAAGAAUUGUGAAAGAUGAAUCAAAUUUCAAACAUAGAAGAACUCUAUGACUACUAGCAUAGCUCUAAGUCUCAAUGUCUACUAGUAUAGCUCUAAGUCUCAAUGUCUACUAGCAUAGCUCUAAGUCUCUGUGUCUACUAACAUAGCUCUAAGUCUCUGUGUCUACUAGUAUAGCUCUAAGUCUCAAUGUCUACUAGCAUAGCUCUAAGUCUCUGUGUCUACUAACAUAGCUCUAAGUCUCUGUGUCUACUAGCAUAGCUCAAAGUCUCUGUGUCUACUAGCAUAGCUCAAAGUCUCUGUGUCUACUAGCAUAGCUCUAAGUCUCAAUGUCUACUAGCAUAGCUCAAAGUCUCUGUUUCUACUAGCAUAGCUCUAAGUCUCUGUGUCUACUAGCAUAGCUCUAAGUCUCUGUUUCUACUAGCUAGGGCUGGUCCUACAGGUUGCGGGGCCCUAUGCGAAACGGAUUGCGCGGGGCCUAAUUUGCGUUGUAAUAAGGCUAAUAAGUGAAAAUUAAGAUUUUGUAUUAGAAAAUAAAUUCGUCUUUGCAUUUUAUUUAUAGUUUCCUAAGUACAAAAUCACUGUCAAAUUAACUUUACAGUAGAUAGUAGUUUUCCAACAAAACGCCGAUAAACAUUCAGAUCUGCCUUUAAGAUUUAUAUACUAUCGACUAACAAAGUAUCGUGUUUUUUUUUUGAAGAGGUCGAGAUAGAUUUAGAUCUAUAUUUGUAUGUCAGUGACUAUUAAAGUUAAAUAAGAAUUUGAACUUCUUGUUUUGGUUAAAAUUCGGCUUAUUAUUACAUUUGUAUUAUAUGAAAGCUGACAAAGCUGUUUCGUUUUUUUUUUUGGCGUUUUCCAUAUUGAAUGACACCCCGAAAUGACAAUUUUGUCUGUUUUAAGGAGAUUUUCAUCAGUUUUCAGAAGAUUUUAUUUAUUUCAGGAGAUUUUCAUGACUUUUUCUUAUAUUUUAUAAUUUCAGAAGAAUUCCAGGAACACUUUAAUAAGUUAAAAUAGUUUAAUUUAAUAAUUUACACCUAGAAUUCGCAUCGCGCGGGGCCUAUGAAAAAGCGGGGCCCACUGCGACCGCAUAGGCUGCAGUGGCCUAAGACCGGCCCUGCUACUAGCAUAGCUCUAAGUCUCUAUGUCUACUAACAUAGCUCUAAGUCUGUGUCUUCUAGCAUAACUCUAAGUCUCUGUGUCUACUAGCAUAGCCCUAGGUCUUUACAAUGGUUUGAGGUUUAUUUGUGAAUGUUUAGAUCUACUUGUUAGACUACAUAUGUUAGAAGACCAUUGUUUCUUCAUUGUGCUGAAUUGUCCAAACAUUAUUUGUCUGGCGAGCAUGAAUCGUCAAUAAAGCACAUUCGAGCUAUCGACUCUACAUAAAUUUAACUUAUUUAUUGAUUUAGAUAUAGCUUUAGGAAGGUUUUUAAUUCACAGCGUAUUUUUCGGUCUUAAUCUUUUGUGUUUGUAUUUCAUUUGGAGCCACUCUAUUCAUUUUGUCUAGGUCUCAAAUUACAUAACGUAGGCCCAGAAUAUGUCGUGCACUCUAUAUAUUGUGUACGAAGGUUGUACACUUUGUGUGGUUAAACUUAAGUUAACUAAAUAAACACCUAGAUAUGAUUGCACACUUGACACAGGUUUUGAAAACUAUAUUUUACGUAAACGAAUAAACAUUUCUAUAACAACACUGAAUGCACUAUUCUGAAAUUUAAAAUUGUGUUUUAAGUCUAAUGCAAAGUCUUUUCUACCACAAUUCCUGUUGAAUCGUUCUAUUAACGAAAAAUUAUAUAUUUUUUAAUAAACACCAACAUUAUAAGCUAAGAUUAUGACAAUAGAACUCUCUCCCCCCCCUCCCCUCCCCCCCCCCCCCCCGGCUUUUCACUUAGCUGUUUAAACAAUCGCUUUAUCUAAGUGGGAUCCAAACAAAUACCAACCUGUUACACCUCUGUUUCCGCGGGUUCAUAUCCCAAUCCAGUCGGACCAUAGGCAAGAGCCAAGGCCGAGCACUGCAAGGAAAUGACUUAUUUUAUUUCUCUGAAGCAUAUCAGCAGUGCGGAUGUUCAUUAUACAACGGCCCGUUAAGAAUUGUUGUUUAGAUUGUGGUUGGGUUCAAAGUUUGUUGUGGGUCUGUCUUUCAUCCAUGUCAAUUAUCUUGGUUCUUUGGCACCAAACGGGGAUUCUGUUUUGCUUUUCAAUGGUCCCAUUUGUCUCCAUUAAUGAACGCUUCCACCGGGCGCCAUGUUGAAGCUUGUUUAAGUUCAUUAGAUGUUUCGGAUGUUCCUUCAAGGUUAAAGAUAGUCUACAUCCUGCAGGACGACGGGGCAUGGCAGCGUGCAGGGUCUGAACCCGGGACCACCGAGACGACCGAACGACGGUCCUGCGCGCUUAACUUAGAUUAGACCUUUCGUUAUUAAAGGCCUCCACACUGACCUGCCACGUAGUACAGACUUGUGGCGUGGCAAAGAGCUAUUGGUCUUCACUGCCCAGAGGUUGUGACGUUACAGGCUAGUGUUCAGGCCUUCUAUUCCGAUUGGUCAAGGCAUAACGCACGUCCAGGCAGCGUCAUGUGGCUAAUAAGCGUAGCCCGAGAGAAAGUCUAUCAGAAGACAAUGUAAUCUUCUUUUGUCGCUAUUAUGCUUUACAAUAUAUUUUUUCAUUAUUACCCAUAACUACAUAUUGAUUUAUUAAUAAUUCACAUAUUAGCCAUACUGGACUUUUAGUAUAUUUAAUGAAUAUAUCUAAUCUAGUUUUUUUUUCUAUAUUUAUUUAAUCAAAUUAUUUUGUUUAAUGUCCAUUCUAAUGGUAGCUUAUUUGCAGGACCUAUACUAUUGAAAACAAAAUCAUUUCUGGACUAGAAAUGUAUAGUAAGCUUGUUGUCUAACUAAAAGUCUGUUUAAUCUAGAACGAUCCCUUUACUUUAAGAUACAAGAAUUGUGUUUCGAAUUCCAACAAUGGAAGUGUCAAUGUUUACAAUAUUUUUUUUUAUUUUUUUCUUUAAUGUAUCCCUUGUUAGCUAGAGAAAGUAAAGGUGAAUAGCCGAUAGGUUUCGUUAAUCGUUGUAAUUUACUUUAUUAGCCUAGCACCCAGAAAAAUCAAUUAUCAUGUAUCUUAAGACUGCUGAGGUUUCUAAUUAGCAACUGUUGUUAGAAUAAUAUAGCUGUAGCUAUAGCUUUUAUAGCUGUAACAAAUUAUACCAAAAAUACUUCAGUGUUAUGAUGCGCUUUCAAUUUUGUGUUAGCUACAAAUACUAGAUAUUUUUUUAUUAACACUACGUAAUAAUGUUUCGUGUAAUUAUAUUACCAUCGACUUUUGUAUUUUCUGAUUGGUGUCUUUUAUCUCUUAGUAUUAUAAUACAUUUUCUUGUCAGCUUUUAAAGUUGUUAAAUUUUACUCAAUUUAGCAAGAAUAAAAAUAAAUUUAAAACAUUACACACAAAGGUUUAAACUACUAUUUAGAUAUAUGUUCAUCAGAAGAUGUAUCUCAAGCCACAUAUAGAUAUAUACAGAGAGGGAGAGAGAGAGAGAGAGAGAGAGAAAGAGAGAGAGAGGAUCUUUUUUUGAAUUUAUAAAUAGAAUUUGUUAAAAUGUAGUCUUAUAUGUAUAUUUGCAUGACGUUACUAGUAUUGUACCAAAAGCUUUUUAAUGUUGUUUUUUCUAACUGUCUAAUUAGAGAAAAUAAACUUUCAGAAAAUAUAA